CCCACGGCCACGACAUGCUUGCUGGCUCCUGAGCACCGGCUGAAGGCGUAAGCGCAGCGACGGCCUUAAUCUUACGGCAGCCUACCUGUCCGAUUCCUUUUCUCUUCUUGCUUUUCACCAUCGCUGGCUGUACACGUUCAGUUCACUUCAAGACUCUGGCAAUCACCGCGUUCACUCCUUCACGCGGCGUCUUUGCUAUUGUUCUAGUCACUCUUUAUUCACACAGUCGUGUCGUAUUCAUACUCCCCCAAGCAACCAAAAAGCCUUGACGCUGGGCCUGAAUAUACCAGUUCACGAACUCCGUCCCAGUACAGUUGUAUAGCUACCGCGAGGAAUCUACCCCAAACCAAACCACAAGCCAUUGAUAUCAAUAUGCGCUACUCAUCUGCCUUGGUGCUGGGCACCGUCGCCGUAGGCCAGGCCGCGGCCCUCAAUGUCCGUCACGCCGGCUUCCACGCUCGUCGCCAGGCUGACCAGAAACGAAGCUACGAUGAUGUCGACUGGUCCAAGGUGUCUUAUGACCUCUCCAACGUCGACUGGUCCUCUGUUUUCGCCAGCUCCCAGGCCACCGCUACACCCACACCCUCAUCCAGCGAGGUUAAGGCUGAAGCCGUGUCGACUUCCCCCGCCUAUACUCCCCCUCCUACUACCACCACCGAGGCCGCGAAGUCCACCGAAACGCAGUCGUCCAACUCGCAUCAGGAGGCCGGCAACGACCUGCUCAAAGGCGUGGAAUCGCUACUCUCCAACAUGGGCGUUGCUAAGCCUGCGUCAGAUCCCCCCAAGUCUAACAACGGCAAGAUGUGGGUUGGCGGCGACUCUUCCUGGAAGACGACAUUCAUCAACGGCGCAGCUUCGGAUGUUGUGUUGCUCUGCUGGGCGGCUGAAGGUUAUACCGGCAUGACUCUCAACGUACACCCGCCCGCCCUCGCCAUCAACAUCAACAAGGGCGCACAAGAGACCAUAUCCUUCGCUGGAGGCGUCCCAGGCGCCUGCUGUCCCGCAUACUCCGACACCAGGCUCGCCAUGUUCGGCGGCUGCGACAACACAUGGUAUGAAUACACCUUCGGCAACAAUGGCGCUUUCGACAUCACCAGGAACGUUAAUAUGAACGGUAACUCUAUCUCGGCCAAGGGCUCAAAGUGCAUAUCCGACAUGAGCACUUGCGUGUUCAAGUGUACGGGUGGCGUCAGCUCUUGCGAGAAAGGUUACGAGCUCGACAACUGCAGCGCGUCGAAUGGCGGCGGCGGUGGCUACGAUUCCAAUAUGCAGGGUGUGGGUGGUGGAUGUGCGAUGGGUUCGUCCGAGGAGCACGUUAAGGUUACUUUCACCUAAGUCUGCCUUGUUCUUGUCUGUUGCGAAGCGUAGUAGGAGAGUUGAAGUUCAUUUGUUUCUCAAGCGUACUUUCAUCCAUCCGUCAUCUCUGUGCAUAUGCUCCCUCCGCGCCGUCUGUCAUUCUACCCGCCUUUUGUUUCUGGAAUACCCUAAGGUCUUGGGGGGUUUGUUAGCUUAGCUACCUACCACACCGUACAUUUAUCCGUCAGCUAGAACCACGACCUCGAAUUUUUAGUCAAUGUGUAUUUGUUUAACUCUCUAGUCCCGUUCUCCUCAAUUCCAAAAAGUU